AUGGCAAUGCUGGUGGUCCUGUCAUCUGGCGGCGCGGCCAAUGCAUUGGUUUCCACCAGUACGACAUCCAGAACCUCCAACGUUCGGACUUUGUCUGUCCUGGGGGCUUAUCCUGGUUUCCAGAACCACAAUAGCGGCCAAUAUCCCUCUCACGAUCAGCAGUACUCCUACCCGGUGCAGUAUCAGCAGCAGCAGUACCAACAGCAACAGUACCAACAACAGCAGUACCAACAACAGGAGUACACCUUUGAUACACAAGCCAUGCUGCACAUCAUUCGAGAAUUGGAUUUCCAACUGACUCAAUAUCAAGAAGCCAAGUUGCAUGCUCUGCAAUGUCUGAACGAGUUGCUUCAGCAACUCAUUGCCCUUCAGAGAGAAACCAUUACAGAAUACAACCAACAAGCAGCUCGAGAGAUGCUUCUACAAGCCGUGGAGUACAUUGAAUCGAUCGAGCGCGAAUAUCUCAAUUUGAAGCAAUCGCAUGCCGCCACAGCGGCAGCAGCAGUGGACACACCCAUGACAACAGAGGAACAGCAGGCACUGUAUAACUACUAUCACCAUCAACCACAACAACCAGCGCAACACGACACUGCAUUCCAUCCGAUGCAGCAACAGCAACAACAGCAAGAAGCAGAGGAAGAGUCCUUACAGCAAAAGCUAUCGGCCAAAGUCCCCAACCGGGUGUACCGCUACGCACGUCCCAUGAAACCCAUGAGCAAUCCCGGCUUGCCCAACUACAUGGGGGAUACCGUCUAUGCCAAUCUCAAGGCGGCGCAACCCAUCCUGACGGCCGAAUUCGAAAAGAUGGUCAAUUCCAUUGCGAGCAAUCCAUCCGCCUUGAUUACCCUAAAGAAAAAUCAACCCGUCUUUGUGGCCGAGUACGAACAAUUGCUCUACAAUCUCAAACAGAAUCAACCCAUGCUGACCACCGAACUGACGCAAAUGAUUACCGAUGUCAAAUCCAUUCUCGUGACGUUGGUGGACGGGAGCAUUAUUGGUGGAGGAGGUCUCUUUUGA